UGUCUGCUCAUAGCGUAUCUGGGGUCUGUGGGACCCCCCCAGCCCCAGGGAUAAACACUGCCAUAAACACAGCUCCAAAAAACUGUGAGACUCCAAGAAGAGCUCCAAAUGUGUGCUCCCCAUGUACACCCGACCCUGCAGGAGUGGGGAACACCACCAGAGCUCCCCCAUCCCUGCACCCAGACCCAGCAAAGGCUCUGCGCAUAGGCCACCACCACUGUCACCCUCACCAGCACUUGUCACUUGAGGGUGACAAGCACCAGCAGCCCAUAGGUGAGCAAAGGGACAACAGGGCUGCCCCCGCAACCAGCGUGUUUCCCCACUCCCAGCACAGCUCUGGGGCUGGGAGUGGGCUCACACCCCUGCAAAGUGCUCCCCAUGUGCCUAAAGCACACGUUCCCAUCAAUACCCACCUGUGCUGUGCAUCUCACUCUGCCUCAGCUCACACUGCAAUGACUGCUGCCACUGUCACCCAUCCCUGGGCACUGGUUGGUGCUGGGGACACUGGAACCACUACCAGCACAUUGAGUAUGGUGGCUGAGCUCGGGACAGGGGCUGCUGCCUGAUUUCUGCCCCAUCCCCACGCUCACCCCCAGCCCUCUCCCCCCUCUUCCAUUAAUGGCAUCAUGCAGCUCAAUGAGCAAAAAUGGGGCGUGGGCGAAACCCAGGGCUGGGAACAGCCGGGGGCGAGGGGCUGCACCCCCCAACUGCCCUAUAAACACCAGCACACAGUGACAGUGGCACCGACACCCUGGCUCCUGCUGUCCCUGCUCAGCAUCGACCCCGGUGAGUCCCUUUUUGCCCUCAAUUUACUCCACAGCUGCAAUUUGGGGAGCAGAUUCCGCACCCCAAAAGGCACGCAUCCAUCCAGGUGGGUCUCCCAUGGUCACCCUGCUGUGUCCCCACGCAGGCGAUGAUGGCGUGUCCCUUGGAGCAGGCGUUGGCUGUGAUGGUCUCCACCUUCCACAAAUACUCGGGAAAGGAAGGGGACAAGUUCAAGCUGAGCAAAGCAGAGCUGAAGGAGCUGCUCACCAGGGAGCUGCCCGCUUUCGGCACUAAGCAGAUGGAUGAGGGGGAGUUCCGGCGCCUGAUGAACGACCUGGACCACGACAAGGACAGCGAGGUGGACUUCAAGGAGUACGCCUGCUUCCUGGCCUGCGUGGCCAUGGGGUACAACGAGUUCUUCCGCGAUGCCCAACGGCCCCGCAAGAAGUGAAUCCCACGCAGCACUGCGCAAUAAAGUCCUCCCAGAGCCUCACGUGUGACUCACGCCUCCGUCUGUCUGUCUCUCUCUCUGGGAUUUUCCACUCUGCAGCCCCCGGAGGCACUUUUGGAAAAGGCUCAGAUCUGUCCCUGGGUGUAACGCUGAGAUAUCCGCUCUCUUCUCCCCUCCCCCCCCCAAAUGUCACUGCUGUCCUAAGGAAGGGUUUGGGGCACAAUGAGCUCGGAACACUGAGCCCCCCCAUCUCAGCAUGGGAGUGGGGAACCAGGCAGGAACGAGCAAUUUGUGCAAGGAACACAGCCAAACCCACACACUGUGCUCUCAUGGGGGGUAGGAAACAUUGCUGGGUGCCCAGAGGGACCCUCAGCCCCUGGAGCUGAGGAUGGGCCCAUCCUGGGGGGUAGGAGAUGACCCCAACCCCAUCUUGCUGGGGGCAGCUCCCAGUAUGCACAGUGCAGAGCAGAGCUGGGCUGCUCUUCCCCCCACCCCCCAGCACAGCUAGUCAGGGUUGGUUCAUAGGGAGAACUGUAGCUGCUCCCAUCUGGCCCCAAACCUACAAAACACAACUCUGUCACGGGGCAGAGCACCCCUAGCACAGCCCUCAGUAAGACCCUGAACAUCAUCAUGUCCCCAAAUCCUCAUAGAGACCCCACAUCCCAUCAUGUCCCCAGAUCCUCAUGGAGACCUCACAUCCCAUCAUAUCUCCAACCCCCCAUGGAGACCCCAAAUCCCCUCUUGCCCCCAAGCUUUGACAGAGACCCCACAUCUCAUCACAUCCCCAAAGCCUUCUGGAGACCCCCCCCUUCCACAAC